CUGCUCAGGCUGUCCAACAAUCUCGUGAAACUCUCUCUCCUCUUGAUCUAUCUUUCAACAGCAAAAGCAACAGCAACAGUUAUUCUCUCUCUUCUAUGGCCACAACAGUUUCUCUCUGUUUCUCCUUAGACCCACAGCCUCACUAUUACCACCAUAACCACCUCUACCACACCACCCACUUCAAAAACCAAGCACGAUUCUUUUCCCCAAAACACACUCACCCACUUGUUAUCUUCCCCAAAUCUGACCGUUAUAACCUCAUCUCUUCAUUCUCUACAUCCCACUCUUCUUCCUCGUCUUCAACUUCACCAUCAAUUCUCCAAAACCCACUUCUUCCAGGGCGUUUUCUCACCAAUGAAGAGCUUGAAAAGCUUCAAUCCCUUGAGGAUUUCAGAUAUUACCAAGAAUUGGAAUCAGGGUCUAUGUGGGUUCGAGUGAUGAGGCAGGAAGAGAUGGACAUGACUGUUGAGUUGUUGGCAGAAUCUUUUGCAGAGUCCAUGUUGUUGCCUAUGAGAUAUGUGAGAUUCUUGGGGUUCUUGGUGAAACAGUACUUGAUUGAGAGGAGAACUCUGAUGCCCCACACUGCGAUACUCAUUGGUUUCUAUAGAGCAGGUGAAGAACAGGAUUUACAGUUGGCAGGGACCGUGGAUGUUUGUUUUGACAAGAAGGGUGCUAAUGCUUCUCCUCCCACACCAAGUCCUCCAAAGGAUUCACCGUAUAUCAGUAAUAUGGCGGUAAAGAAGCCCCUUCGAAGAAGGGGCAUUGGUUGGCAUCUUCUUAAGGCAAGUGAGGAACUAAUAUCUCAAAUGAAUUCCUCAAGGGAGGUUUACUUGCACUGCAGGAUGAUUGAUGAAGCUCCAUUCAAAAUGUAUACAAAAGCAGGUUAUAGUAUUGUUAAGACAGAUAGCAUCUUGAUCUUGUUGACAUUGCAGAGACGUAAGCACUUAAUGCGCAAGCAACUUCCAGUCUCAAACAGACUUUCUGAAAUGGAUAUCUUGGAUUCUAAUGAGGAACGUCCUUCAUGAUUGGAUGUGGGAAAAUGGAACAUACUUUAUGAGGUACCGGCGGUUACUACUACAUGUAUUUCUUUUGUCAAAGAAACACAUAGUUUCCCUGAAACUGUUGCAUUUUUCCGUGUGAAUCACGGUUGUAAAUUGUCCAAGUUGUAGAAUACGUUUCUUUUUUUUUUCGUGGAAUCUUUGCUACCUUCCCUGUGAAUACUGUCUUAGAGAAAUGUCUGCAGUGGACUAUUGAAUUCAAUAUCCAUCCUGUUCAAUCUAUGUUAUUCAAUGCUUCCUAAUUUCUGUUUUGGAUCCCACUGGUAACAUCGUGGUCUAAUCGGCUCUUUAAGAUAACCCAAAUGCACUAAUUUUGGGCUUGAAUGCCAAUCCGAUUGUUUAGGGUGCCCUCGCUCUUGUGUAUCAUGUUUUUGGUUGAGCCAUGUUCCCUGAUAAGAAAAUUGCAUCAGAGUUCCUCAUCUUUCAAUAGUGUUUUCCAGUAUACCAUUGUCACAUAUGUAUCAUUUGUUGUUAUGUGACCAUACUUUACCCACUUCCUAGUAGAUGAGAGGUGAGACAAAAUUUUGUGUGUGGCCAUAAAAAGAUCUUCAACCUACCCUUCUUGCGCUUUCUCCUUUUAUUCAUGAAAGAAAGCCCAAUUAGCCCCAAAGGUUACUGGUAUAACUGUUAGUUUCCUUUCUUGCCAGCAUCACAAAAAAAAGUGUUAUUUUUUUUUUUUUUU